AUGGAAGUUCAAAAGAAGACGAAUGGUGAUGAUUAUGUUGAAAUCACAGGAUACAAAGCUGCUACUACUCCACUAUCACCUCCACAAGAUAAACCAGAAUCCUCACAUCCAAAAGAUACAAAUUUUGAUUAUAUAUUUGAAGGUCUUCCAACUGCAACAGGGAUCUACACAGAAGACAUUCCUGAAGAUGACUAUGAUAUGUUCAACAACGAAGCAGUAAAUGAAUUGAUGAAGAAGGUUGCUGAACUCGAAAAGGAGAAAGCUAAAGUUGAAGCAGAGCGAAAUGCUUUAAAGAAACGAAUUGAAGAGCUGAUGAUGGCAAAUGAUCAAAUCAGAUUGGUCUUAAUAGAUCAAGAAGAGAAAUUGGAAAAUAACUCAAAGAUCUUUGAUGUCAUGCAAGAAGAAAUUGCAAAGUUGAAUAAAGAGCUAGAAAAGCAGAACGACAUCAAUCAGACAUUAAACCAGCUGAUUAGUGAGAUUUCUGAAGCUUCAGCAAAUGAAAUAAGAGGAAUAAAAAUAGAGAUGGAAGCCAUGAAGGCUGAUAAAGUGAUGAAAGACAAUCAGCUCAGCAUGUUAACUGCCAUCAUUGAAAGUCAGUUAAAAGUUGAUAUUCAUGCUGCUUUCAAUGAAGUUGAGGUAAAAAGAGCUGAAGAGCGUAGAUUUGAACGAGAAAGACUACUAGCUCAAGAGGCAACUGAAAGAAGAAUGGGCGUGGUUGAGGACGUUCUUGAUUCGUCAAGUCAGCCUGAAGUUGAAGGAUCGUCAGCUCAACAAGACAUUGAAAUGAUAGAAGUUGAAGAUGUUCAGGAUCAAGACAUUGAAGAUGUUAUUGAUGAACAAGGUCAACACUUCAUGCUGGUAGGUGAGUCUUCUGAACCCUUUGAUGUUAAUAAAGUUCUUGGGAGAGUUAGUGUUAUUCAAAGGAAAAGAAAAGCAAAAGAAAUGUUGCUGUUAGAAUGGAAGACACAGCAGUUUGUUCUUGUUGGUAGAGCUUCCAUAGUGCCUUAUAGCAUAAAAGAAGUUGCUCGUCAAAUCAAGAUUAAAGAAAAGCGAAGAAAAGCUAAGAUAGCACGUGGAGAAAUGGUUGAAGACGAUUCUGAUAUAGAAUUGUUUGGAGACGAAGAAGAAGAUGAAGAUGAUAAUGUUGAUGAUAAGAAAGAUGACAAUGAUGAUAAAGAUGACAAGGGUGAUGAUGACAAUGAUCAAGGUGCUUCUCGGUUAUUGAUCAAGGAUCCUAAUGUUCAAGAAAGGAUUGAAGAAUUGAUGAAUGAUGAAAUCAACGAAUAG